AUGCUACGAGCGACUGUGAUACUCUGCUGCUUAGGGGUGGUUCUGGCAACCCCCCCUUUUGUAAGGUCUAGGGAAGAGAUUCAGGCUUUCAGGAGUUUCUUGGAGGACACCCAGAAGGCGAAACCUGAUGGCAUACGCGUGAUUUCUCCCUUGGCUAACGCGGAGGAAAACAGCGGCAAGUUCGAAGGUGACAUUGUCCUGGAGGACUAUAUGAUCGAGGAAAUGGUUCAAGAGUACGCGAUGGGCCGUAACGCGCACUUAAGACCUAGGAUGAAGUGGCCUAAUAAUACUGUGGUGUGGGAGUAUGUUGAGGGAGAAUUCGAUCCCCUGCAGCAAGCCGCCAUCGAGGAGGGUAUGGCCGAUAUCGAGCGUCAUACUUGCGUCAAGUUCCGCUAUCGCGAGCCGCACGAAACUGCUUACGUCCGUCUGACUGGUGCUCCUGAUGGUUGCUACGCGCACGUGGGCUAUGUGGGACCCCGCUUCGCUAAUAUUUACAACCUGGCUCCCCAUAAUCCUGGAGUGGGCUGUUUCCUCCAUGGCACCAUCGUGCACGAAUGGAUGCACAUCCUGGGCUUCCGACACAUGCACGUGACCUACAACAGGGACGAUUACAUCCGGGUUGACUUCGAGAAUGUACAGUCAGGUGCAGAAAACAGUUUCAACAUCCACAGCUCGGACGUGGUGUCCAACCUUGGCGUGGAGUAUGACUACGUUAGCUGUAUGCACUACCAUGCCUUCGCGUUCUCUGCUAACGGCCGCCCCACUAUGGUCGCUCUUCAGGAACACGAGGGUGUGAUGGGACAGCGUCGGUACAUCACCGAAAAGGAUUGGCUGCGCAUCAACCGUCACUAUGAUUGCCCCGGCGCAUGGGACUGA